GGAUUUGUUCUGAGUUCCAGGUGUCUCCAUUUUGUUUUGUUUUUAUUCAGGAAAUUCCAUUUGUCCCAGAAUUUGUUGUCUUGUUUGGUUUUAUGGUUUUUCUUAGAUGAUUUGAGGUUAGAUAAAGUUGCCAAAUAAUCAAAUAUAUAAUUUAUGUUCUCCACAGCCAGAUUUACUCCAUCUCCAUUGUGAGGAUAAACUCUGCUGAGGAAGUUUAUAAGCGAGCAUACUUUUGGAUGGUCCGUUGCUAUCACAUAUUUUUCUGUGCUGUUUUGCACACAUCUGUUGUACGGUUUACUGGGCUGUGAAUUUAUGUUAGUAUUUUUUGUCCUUUUUAGAUAAAUCAUAAUUUGGCUGUGAUCUGAUUGGGGUGUUAGUGGUUUGACCGUGAAUGCUCUGAAAGAGAAUGGAUCUAAAUCUGUGAUCAUGUAAUCUACUGUUGAGCAACCAUGAAAGGAACUGUAGGUGCAUCUCCAUAGAGACUCCCCUCUCGCCCUAUAUUGAUGAGUACUGCAUGGACAGAAAAUUUUCACCCAUCUUGAGGUUACUGGGUACCAGGGUCAUGAUGUCACACUAUUGUGCCAGUACAUCCAUGGAACCACAAAGGACAACAUAUCACAAGUACAGUGGACGUGGAACAAUCAGUCCAAUAAAUAUGAAAUCAUGAUCUUUAAUAUGGACCAUGGCCUUUUUCUGCAUGACACAUUUCUGAAAGACAGAGUCAGCUUCAGUAAGAGCUCUCCUCUGAUCUAUGACGCCUCCAUCAUCAUCAGAGAUGUGAGGAUGAGCGAUCAGGGAGUCUACAGCUGUGACUACACAACCUUCCCUAGCGGCAGUUAUAAAGGACAAACCACUCUUAAAGUGAGAGAAGGCAGUCCUCCUGUUCUGUCCACCGCUGAGGCUGUAGGGAUUGCGACUGCAGUAGUGCUCAUCACUAUGAUUACAGCUGCUGUGGGGUAUUUAUUCCUGAUCAACAGACGAAGAGCUGGCAACACUUUCACUUAUUGUACAACUCAGAGACCUGAUGACCUACAACAGGAUGUCACAUAUGCUGAUGUCACAAUACUGAAAAGAGGCAAAGUUAACAGAAGCACCUUGCCAUCAGGGGACAUUGAAUACGCUGCGGUUUGCUUCAAUGGUCAUUCAGGAUCGACGUCAGUGCGAGCCUCAACCAAUCAGCUGGCUUUAGAUGUCCACACACCAGAGGAGCAAACUGUGUACGCACAGGUGAAAAAAGACCGAUUUUGAGUACAAACAUCACAUCCACUGCAGGUUUCUAUUGAAGAAUUAGGUGUUUGAACAGUAGAGAUAGUAAAUGUCUGAUCAUACCAAGGACGAUAACUAUAAUCAGAGGUCUCCAAACUCGGCCCUGGAGGGUUGCUGUCCUGCAGAGUUUAGCUCCAACUAGAUCCAACACAACUGCUUGAACGUUUCUUGUAUGCCUAGUGAGACCAUGUUUAGCUGGUUCAGGUGUGUUUUAUCGGGGUUGGAGUUAAACUUUGCAGGACAGCGGCCAUCCAGGGCCGAGUUUGGAGACCUCUGACUAUAACUAUAGUUUUAAUAAUCAUUCUAAUCCUAACAAUAAGGAAAUCCACACAACCACACCAUAGUGUCACCAUUAUGUUCUGUUCAUGGACUUUCAGUUUGUUGUCACUUGUGUUCCCUGUUCCACAUUGCCGCCACUCAUCAGUCAGCAUGGACACUUACAAUCCUCAUAGCUUUUUGUCAUUUACCUUUGUGUAUUUAAGUUCCUGCCUGAGUUCAGUUCACUGUCCGGUAUUGUCUAUGUUAAGUGUACAUGUUGCUGCCUAUACUUCUGUCUAUGGAUAUUUGUAUCAUUAAAAUUCAUUUUGGAUUCUA